AUGGCUACACCCUUUCUCACCAGCCUCGAUGGCCUCACCUCUCCCAGCGGCCUUGACAGCCCCGUCACCCCCGGUGGUGUCGUCGGUGCUGAUGGUCUUCCUUCGUCCAAGCGUUCCACCGCCCUGACCGCAAAACUCACCAGUGUCCUCUCAGCCUCGUACGCCGACUAUGAGACUCGCGACGCGCUGCGCCUUCUCGACGAGCGAGGCGUGCAGAAUGACGAGGACACGAGGAGGAAUCUAAAAGCCAACGCACAGAAGGAGGUUAUUGAGUGCAAUGCGCGGAUCGUGGAUGAUUUCGGUCUGGUUGCGGAGCAACUGAAGCGCGUUGGGACCUUACUCGCAACCCUCAACUCCACCUGCGAUUCAAUGCGCACACACAUCCUCGCGGCGAAGCAAGAGUCGGCACCUACACUCGAAGAAUUCUCAACUCUCAUGACCCGCAAGCGGGAUACCGAAAUGAAAGAAUCCCUCUUGACCGCGUUUACAACCCACUUCCUCAUCUCCAAUCAAGACCUCAACAUCCUGACUAGUUCCGCCGAACCGCUUGACGACCGCUUCUUCACGGUCCUGGCGAGGUGCAAACAAAUCCACAGGGACUGCGAAUAUCUUCUAGGAGGGUACAACUCCUCCCCAUCUGGUGGCGAGGAAGAAGAAGCCUCGUCCCGGCUGGGGCUGGAACUGCUCGAACAGACGACGCGGAACCUGGAUGCGGCUUUCAAAAAGCUCUACAAUUGGAUCCAACGAGAGUUCAAGACGCUGGACCUCGAAGACCCCAAUAUCAGCGGCUCAAUCCGUCGCGCGUUGAGGGUGCUUAGCGAGAGGCCAAGCUUGUUUCAGAACUGUCUUGACUUCUUCGCCGAAGCGAGACGAGCUACGCUGGCGGAGGCGUUUCAUGAAGCCCUGACGGGCUCUGGCGGCCAUGGAGGUGGAGGGGCUGGGACGAAAGCCAUCGAGUUUUCUACCCACGAACCGUUGCGGUAUGUGGGCGAUAUGCUUGCGUGGGUGCAUUCCGCCGCCGUCUCAGAGAAGGAAGCCCUCGAGGGGCUCUUCGUGUCUGACGCGGAAGAAAUUUCACGGGGUCUCAGCGCCGGAAAAGCGACCGAGCCGUGGGCGCGAAUCAACAGUGGAAGUGGACGACACAGAAGCGUGUCAUCUACAUCUAGCACAGAUGCGGAGAAAGAUGAUGGUGACGAACCGCCAAAGCCGAUCUUCGACGGCCGCAAAGCGCUCUCCGAACUCAUCUCUCGCAAUCUCUCCCUCCUCUGCCAAACCCUGCAAUCACGGAUCGACGUCGCCGUGCGCACUUCGGGCGAUCCCGUAUUGAUGUUCAAGACCUUCAACCUUUUGGACUUUUACCGCGGAAUCUUUUCCAAGCUACUCGGCCAGGACUCUUCCCUUGCCAUGCUCAUCCAGACUCUGCAAUCCUCGACGCUGGCGCAGUUUGAGAAGGCAAUGGAAGAAGAAACUUCAGCCGCCGUUGCGAGCAUGAAUUCCGAGGAGCCCCCGCGCGAUCUUACGCCGCCUGUGUUCCUGGCCACGGCCUUGACGCAGUUCACCGACGUCUGCCGGGCGAGAGGGCCCCAGAUGAGCGAGACAGAACUCGAGCGGCUCUUUGCGUCCAUGUUGAGCGGGAUACUGGCGGCGUGUGCCGAAUCUGCGACCAAUAUCGCUGACGUGCGGAGCGGGAGCAUCUACAAGAUCAACUACAUGACCGCGCUGAAAGCGACCCUGGUAAAUGUGUCGGCGCACGUGGCCCCCGCGCGGAUCCCGCUGGAGAAAGCGGCAAGGGAGAUCCAGACGGUGAGAGACCAGUUGGUGGAAUUUGUCACGUCGACGUUUCUCGAGUUUUCGGGCGUGGCGGAGCUGAUGCAGGAGAUUGAUGCGCGCAGGAGUUUAGGGGCAAAGGCACGCAGGGAGUGGCUUGUCCAAAACCUCGACGAGGCUGCUCAACGACUUGACGCGUUCCUCUCUUCUGCGCUCAUGGACGCACAGGAAGCUAUGAAGAACCUCUUUGAUCGCACUUUGGCCCAGGAUGUCGUGGCCGAAGCAGUCGAGAGGUUUUGUGCAGAGUACGAUGACUUGGAGGGCAUGCUGGAGGCAAUCGAUGCUGAGACUUCCGUAUCAGCAGAUGAGGGCGACGGUGGCGAUGAUGACGGGGGCAAGUCGGAGGACGAAAGGGACAAGAGCGCUAAUGGUCUGCUCGGGUCAGUGAGAGAAUCGUAUCCCAGGACUGGCGCGGAAGUACGCGCCCUGCUGAGCUGA